AUGGGUUGUGAUGCAGUAUAAGCCCUUGGUUGAAUGAGGAGAUAUCAUUGUAGCUUGCGCAAGGCGUUAAUUUGUCGGAUGAAUUAGCAAUCAUGCAGGAGAUGAUCUAAAUGCGAUUCUUCGGCUUGUCGUGGAAUAUAUAAACGUGCGAAUUGUCGUCUAUCCGAGACAUUCUGGCCAUCAAAAAGCAACAACCGAUUCCUUCUAUACCAGCUCACUUUCCCAAUCAUCUCUACACAUCAUCUACAAUGUCGACCGACAGUCUCUCCCUAGCCAACAAGGUGGCCAUCGUUACUGGUUCCGGCCGGGAAAACGGUAUCGGCGCGGCCAUCGCCCUAGCGCUGGCCAGGGCAGGUGCCCGUGUAACCAUCAACUACAUCUCCGAGUCCUCCGCCACCCGUGCUGCACAAGUCGUCUCCAAUAUCGAGGCAGCCGUUGGUAAGGGUGUUGCCACCUCUAUCAGGGCCGACGUUUCUACCGCCGAAGGUAGCAAGAAGAUCGUGGACGAAACACUACGUAGCUUUGGGGUUGACCACAUCGACAUUAUUGUUAAUAAUGCUUCAUACAUGAUACCGGGUGGGGCGCUACAAACGUCUUCCGAGGACAUGAUGAAAUCAUUUCAGGUCGCUGUUGUCGGUCCAGUGCUCCUCCUACAAGCCGCCUACACCCACAUGUCUCGAAAUGGCCGCAUCAUCAACAUUGGUAGUGUUGCUUCAAAGAUGGGAUUCCAUCAGAUGGCAAUCUAUGGAGCUGUCAAGGCGGCCAUGGAUCAGCUCACCUGGACGCUGGCUCAAGAGGUCGGCCGUGAUGGCAAGAAUAUCACGGUGAACACAGUUGCGCCCGGCCCAACCUUGACCGAUACGCUGCCACCCGUUCCCGAGGUUGAACCCAUGAAAGAUUUCCUGCUUUCGAGGACCAGAGCCGAAGAGCGAGUGACAAUGGUGGAGGAUGUUGCCGACGCUGUGCUUCUUCUGGCAAGCGAGAAGAGUCGUUGGAUCACCGGGCAAUUCAUAUCCGCUAGCGGUGGCAUCAAUGGUGGAUGAAAUGUCAAGCCACUGGCGUAAACCUAACACUGAGUUCAUGGGCAUCUUGUAGAGGGACGGGUUGGCUGGCAGCUAGAUACCAGGCGGGUAGAAGAAGACCAUCCAUACAAGAAGGGUAUCGCAGUUGCUACAGGAAGGGGCAUACUUGUUAUUAUCACUUUCCUAAAUAUAGCAGAAUACACACAGUCAUUACCGU